GUUGUAGCUGCUGCUGCUGUUGCUGCGGCUGCUGCUGCUGCUGUCGGCGUUGCCGCACCGUUUUUUUUAACGAAGUGACAAUGAAAUUUCAUUCAAACACGUUUCACGCCUUCGAUCGGUCGUUCAAACGGAUUGCGAUCCAUUCCAUUCCCGACGCGUUUCGUGUUUUCUUCUACUCGAAACAACAACAAUAAGUCUGAUCGUUUUCAGAUCACUUAUAAGCAUAACAAGUUGCAAUGUAAAUACACAAAUACAUAAGUAGUAGUUAUUACAGCGACAGGUGCGAGAAUAACUGCUAACAAAGGCUGCUAAUUUAUUAAGGUAUUCAAAUAGCUUUAAAAUGAAAGUGCCCGCGCGCGACUCCAAAUAUUCGUUUAACUUGAAAAUAUUCAAAUUACAUAACGACAAAAAAAUAGCAGCAACGCCAACAACCCAACCACACACCAAUUCAGCGAAUACCCAAAUGAUCUCGGCUAAACGAAAUUCAUGGCGCGCUUCGUGGCGUGCCGCAAUUGGGGUCGGUAAAAGAAACAAAUCCGUCAACAAUACCUCCAGUAACAGCAUCAGCAACAACCACAACAAUAUCAAUGACAGCAAUCUGAUACGAUCAACCACGAACGGUGAAAAUUGGCCAAAUGAAUCGUGCAAUAAUCAAUCCCAUCUGAUGGAUCCCGCCAAACACAUUCCGAAUAGUGAUGAUUUGAUGUCGAUGCCAUGGUUUGGCAUGGAUAUCGGCGGAACACUUACGAAAUUGGUAUACUUCGAGCCAAAGGAUAUAACGCCCGAUGAGCAGGAUUGCGAGGCGGGGAUAUUACGUAAUAUCCGACGAUAUCUAACCAAAAAUUCGGCAUAUGGCAAGACCGGACAUCGCGACACGCACUUGCAGAUGGAUAAUGUUGAGAUCAGAAAGCGAAGAGGAUCUCUACAUUUUAUACGCUUCCAGACAACAGACAUGGGCAACUUUCUAUCGCUGGCCAAGCAGAAGGGAAUGGCGGAGCUGGUGACCACUGUGUGUGCCACCGGCGGUGGUGCGUUCAAAUUCGAGAAGGAUUUCCGUGAUCAGGUGAAUAUGAAGCUGGCCAAGUUCGAUGAGCUGGACACGCUCAUCAAGGGCAUACUCUUUGCCGAUAUGCACAAUUUUACGGAAUGCUACUACUAUGAGAAUGCGCGAGAGAUUAUGAAGAGCGAGAAGCGUGCCUUUAACUUUUCGCAGCCGUUUCCCUUUAUACUGGUGAAUGUUGGUUCAGGUGUAUCCAUUCUGGCUGUAUACGGACCGGACAACUAUAAACGCAUUUCGGGCACCAGCUUGGGCGGUGGGACAUUCCUGGGUUUGUGUUGCCUUCUCACCGGCUGCACAACGUUCGAGGAGGCCAUUCAAUUGGCCACCAAGGGUGACAAUCGCAAAGUGGACAAACUGGUCAAGGACAUCUAUGGUGGUGACUACAAUCGGUUCAGCUUGCCCGGUGACUUAGUGGCGUCCAGCUUCGGUCAGAUGCAUAUAAACGACAAACGCCAUUCGGUGUCCAGAGAGGAUCUGGCCAAUGCCACGCUUGUCACAAUCACCAACAAUAUUGGCUCAAUAGCGCGAAUGUGCGCAUUGAAUGAAAAGAUCGAUAGGGUCGUCUUUGUGGGCAACUUUCUGCGAGUGAAUCCCAUUUCGAUGAAAUUGCUUGCAUACGCCAUGGAGUUCUGGUCAAAUGGCACUAUGAAGGGUUUGUUCCUGGAGCAUGAAGGUUACUUUGGCGCCUUGGGCUGCCUGCUUCAGUUCAAUGGCGAACUGGCUGCCGCUCUCAACGAGGGCAUCGAUCAUCCACAACAGCCAGACACAGAUACACUCACUCACUCCCAAAUACACUCUGCAGCGGAGCCGUCCACAGACGAAUGUCCAGCCGAAGCGGACAAGCCAAAUGAUAACACAAAUCCUACAACCAGAUAGUCGUUUACAUCAUACGCUUCAGUAAAUCAACUGUAUCAUAUACGUAAUGCAUCGGGAACCGGACGAAGCCAAAAUAUGGAAUGAUAAUAGAUGUAUUCGGGUGCAUUUCCGCGAUAAUUUGCAUUACAUUUUUUUCUUGGAUUAAGUUUACACAUGUAGAGGAUGCACAAAUUGUAAAUGUAUGGAAUUAAACAACAAAAAAAAAACAUUUAAAAAAAGAAGAAAAAUGGAUUAAGUGCCUGUUAAAACGCAACAAAAUUAAGGCUUCAAUGUAUGCUAAAUAAUUGUUACUUAAUUGCAACACACAACUUGAUGCCAAAUGUCAGCACGUUACAGUUGUUAUUAUUGGAUUCCUAUUCAAUUUUGUUGUUUUCCAAUAAUGUAAGCACAUGUAUAGAUAUAAAAAAGUAUUACUAAUACUUUAAUUGGCCGUUCGACUGUGCGAUUGUAAUUUGUACUCUCUUAAACUAUAUAAAUUACAUAUGAAAUAGUUCAGAUGUUCAGAGAAUAUAUAUCCUACUUUCCGUAGCUAUUCGGUUAGAAUUCAAAUAUUGCACACACACAAUACACAUAAAUAACUGCAUGAAAUACAAAUAGUUAAAAUACAUAUGCGCAUUAUAAUAUAUGCACUUUUACAUCUAUAAGUUUUUACCUUUUGGGACAAAUGUAUGUUUUCGGUGGCACUCCUACGGCUUCUUUGUUUGUUUAGCAUAAGUUUUGUGGUCUAUUAUUGUAAGAUUUUACCUUGUCGACUAUUUCAAUAAGAUGGUCAAUUCAAUUUGUACAUCGAAACUAUUUUGAUUGGAUUUAAAACAGCCGCAUGUCAAAUGCAAAUAAAUCUAUUAUCUUAA